AUGAAAGACUUUAUUGAUAGAAUGCCUGAGGAGAGCAGGGUAACCCUGUCUGAACAACUUGGAGGGAAUUCCCAAUAUUCCUCCCAAAGUUCUGAAAAUCAACAGCUGACUCCUGUGCAAAAAUUGUUCUCAAAGGCUGUUGUUUUACCUAUUGCUGAGAUUAUUCAACUUACGGAUGUUACAUUUUGUGCUACUGUCGCUACAACAAAAUUAUUAGUAGCGUCUCCGUUUGGAUGGUAUAAGAUUGAGAUUGAGGUUACUCAUGGGGGCAAAAGCUGCAAUUUUGUCUUCUGGAACAGAGAAUGUGAAAUGUUGUUGGGUUUAUCUGCAUCCCAACUUCGUAACACUAUGAUUCAGGGUGGAAUUACUGAUCCAUUGGACUUUCCGUUAGCACUUGAUCAGUUGUUGAAGUUGGAAAUGGCUAUGAAGGUUAAGUGGCAUCCACGCUGGAAGAACUGUUCUGUCGUUAUGAUUAUAAAAAAUGAUCCUAUUAUCCAGCAACUUAAGGAAAAAUGGGGAACAGAUGAGGAACCUAUUCCAAUCCAAACUGUCAUACCUGAGACUCUGGAGAUUAAAGAGAGUGUUGAUGAGGAUAAAACAGAUGCCAAUGAAGACUGUGAAUUGGUUACAGACCUGGAAAUUACAUCUGAGCACAAGCCUGAUGCUGUCACACCUGGUGGUAAGAGGCAUCUUCCUGCUGCAUCAAGUGAAUCCACUGAUUUGGACGGAUUACAUGAUGGAGAACUGUCAUCAAACAAGCUGAAGAAGAUAAUUAAAAUGGAGAAGAUUGAUUAG